CAGCUCCAUAACUCCCCCAAUCAGGAAUCGAUUUAUUGUUGAGGGUAGGUUUUAUUUUGGUUGCGUGAAGGUUGAAAGUGUGAAUGUAAAUGUAAUUUUGAUAAGAAUGUUAAAAUUAUUUGGCAUCUCCUAAGAGUUAAUUUGUUUUAAAUAUGGGCAAGUCUUCUAAAGAUAAACGCGAUAUAUAUUACAGACUUGCAAAAGAAGAAGGAUGGCGUGCACGAAGUGCUUACAAAUUGCUACAGAUUGACGAAACUUUUAAUGUUUUUAAAGGUGUCACGAAAGCUGUUGACUUGUGUGCUGCUCCUGGUAGCUGGAGCCAAGUUUUAGCAAAAAAAUUGGACUCAACUAACGGAAAUCCUAAGAUUGUUGCUGUGGAUCUUCAAGCAAUGGCACCACUACCAGGUGUAGUUCAGAUACAGGGAGAUAUAACUAAAGCAAGUACUGCUAAUUUAAUCAUUAACCAAUUUCAAGGAGAAUUUGCUGACCUGGUUGUCUGUGAUGGUGCUCCAGAUGUCACUGGUCUUCAUGAUAUUGAUGAAUAUAUUCAAGCCCAGUUAUUACUUGCUGCCCUUAAUAUAACAACUCACAUACUUAAGCCUAAAGGAUCAUUUAUUGCAAAAAUCUUUCGAGGCAAGGAAAUUUCCUUACUCUACUCUCAGUUAAGAAUAUUUUUUAAGAGGGUGACCAUUGUGAAACCAAGAAGCUCCAGAAAUUCAAGCAUUGAAUCAUUUGUACUUUGUGAGGACUUCAGUGCCCCUAUGGGUUAUGUUCCAAAUAUGAUGAAUCCACUACUGGAAAAUAAGAGUGUAAAUUGGGAUUCACUAAAUGAAGUCAAUUCGUACAUUGUGCCUUUUUUGGCUUGUGGCGAUUUAAGUGCUUACGAUUCGGACAAAACGUAUCCUUUAAAUUUUAAUGGCAAAUAUGAACAAAGAGAGCCUGUUCAAAAACCCAUUGAGCCCCCUUAUAUGGAAGCAAUGUCUCUGAUUAGCAAACCAGGUGACACUCACAUUCAAAAAAGUGAAGUAGAUUCAUAAUGAUGUGUUUCUUUUUAAUGUAAAAUAGUUUCUAUUCAAUUAUUGUUUGGACCUAUUACAUAUGUAUAUAAAUAAACAUCUUAUUAGGAAGAUUUUUUAUUUUAA